GCGAAAACGGGAAUUGUUUCGGCUCGUGACCGCAAACAGGGACUAUUGCAUUAAGGCAGGACAUAAUCGAUCGAAAGUGUGCCCAAACCCGUUUGCGCGCGUCCCAACAUGUCCCGUGCAGAUGUGCUUCGCCAUGGCAACACACGAGAGCUGCCGCAGCCUGUACAUUCGGUGAAAAAUGGGAAAACAUUGCCAGCGAAGAAUGGAUACAUCAGACGGCCCGAAGAGUCGCGGCCACCAAAAUCAUCUUACGAACAAGUUCCGCUGCACACUGCUUGCUUUACCUACCUUGGAUUUUACCUGCUGAUGAUAUUGGGUUACAUCAAUCAACUGUUUUUCACUCCGAAAGUGGCGACAGAGAAGUACCGCGAUGGCUACGUUCCUCUGUAUGAUGCAUUUGAAAAGUUUUACCUACGCUACGUGUAUCGGCGUGUAAAGGAUUGCUGGAAUCGCCCCAUCUGUAGCGUUCCAGGCUCGGAGGUAGUUUUGAAGGACAGGAUCACGAAGGACUAUGGAUGGUCGUUUGAGUUUACAGGAACCGAAACGAAGUGUUUGAACCUGGGAUCGUACAAUUAUCUCGGCUUUGCAAAGAACGAGGGACCGUGUGCAGAUGAAGCUGAGAGGUGCAUCGAAUCGCACGGUUUAGCUGCGUGUAGUUCGCGCCGAGAACUAGGAUCGAACCCACUGCAUAACGAGCUGGAAGCAUUGACGGCCACAUUCCUGGGGGUAGAAGAUGCCAUUGUCUUUGGCAUGGGCUUUGCCACGAAUUCGCUGAACAUUCCAACGCUCAUUUCUCCCGGAUGUUUGGUAGUGAGCGACGAAAAGAAUCAUGCAUCGAUCAUACUGGGACUGCGGCUGUCCGGGGCCACCGCGAAGGUGUUCAAGCACAACAACAUGAAGGACCUAGAGCGGGUCCUGCGGGACUCUAUCAUUGCCGGGCAGCCGGGCACCGGAAAACCGUGGAAGAAAAUUCUGAUCAUCGUCGAGGGCGUGUUUAGCAUGGAAGGAUCGAUCGUCAAACUGCCGGAGAUAAUUGCACUGAAGAAAAAGUACAAAGCCUACGUGUACCUAGACGAGGCCCACAGUAUUGGCGCCACGGGCCCCACUGGUCGGGGCGUGGUCGAGUACUACGGAGUGGACCCGAAGGAUGUGGAUAUUCUGAUGGGAACGUUCACCAAAAGUUUCGGCUCCGCCGGAGGUUACAUCGCUGGCAACAAGAACCUGAUCAACUUCCUGCGAGUGCACAGUCACGCGCAUUGCUACGCGAGUUCAAUGGCGCCACCGGUCAUUCAGCAGAUACUGACGUCCAUGAAGAUCAUUCUCGGUAUGGACGGCACCUCGGAAGGAAAGAAUCGCAUCGAUCAGCUGGCACGGAAUACGCGCUACUUCCGAAAACGGUUGGCCCAGAUCGGUGUCAUCACCUACGGUCACGAAGAUUCGCCCGUUGUUCCUAUGUUGGUCUAUUUGUUUUCCAAAAUUGGUGCCGUCGUUCGCACGUUGACGGUGCGCAACAUUGCGGUCGUCGGUGUCGGAUUCCCGGCGACGCCGAUCAUGGAAGGGCGCAUUCGAUUCUGCCUGUCGGCGGCCCACACCAAAGAGCAGCUGGAUUAUGCACUCUCGGUAAUCGACGACAUCAGUGACACGUUGGGGUUGAAGUAUUCCCGGAAACCAAGAAACCUCCAACCGAUCGAGUACUAAGUGUUGGCACAAAGAAAAGGGGAGCAACACAAAGCGGGAGUUUGCUUUUAUGGAUUGAUUUCUUUGUCAACUGCAAGUGCUUUAAAUAAAGAAAAUACACGACA